AUGGGAGGGCACACUUGAACCGAGCUGCUCUAUGAAGGUAGGCUGCAGCGUGUGUUUAUUGAUGAGAUGAAAAGAAGAUGGAAGUGAGAAAUGAAACAAAGUAAAGGAACAUAUUAAAAAAAUAAAACUAUACGCGCUUCGUCGGGGGAAAACAAGGGGAGCCGUGGAAACGCUGUCGCCACUUUUUUGAACGUGCUUCGAAGUGCAGAGCAACACAUGAUUUGGACAGAGAGGACUGACAGCCUUGCCUAGCACCCGGCCUCUGAUCAGCCAUCUCCACCAGCAAACUGAAGCUUGACCCGCACUUCAUCACCAGCCACACAAGCAUCUUCGUAACAAAACAUCAUCUGACUGUGACAUCAGUUGCAAGGGGAUGACCGAGCGCAUUCAUAACAUCAAUCUCCACAACUUCAGCAAUUCUGUACUUGAGACCCUCAAUGAGCAGCGCAACCGUGGGCACUUCUGUGACGUGACUGUUCGGAUCCAUGGAAGUAUGCUGCGAGCUCACCGGUGCGUGCUGGCUGCUGGAAGCCCCUUCUUUCAGGAUAAGCUGCUCUUGGGCUACAGCGACAUUGAGAUCCCUUCUGUGGUCUCAGUGCAAUCCAUCCAAAAGCUGAUUGACUUUAUGUACAGUGGGAUUCUGCGGGUAUCUCAAUCAGAGGCCCUGCAGAUCCUUACUGCUGCCAGCAUCCUACAGAUCAAGACCGUCAUUGAUGAGUGUACCCGCAUCGUGUCCCAGAAUGUGGGCCUGGCUGGGCCAGGGGGGUUCCCUGUUAUACCAGGAGACUCUGGUCAGGAAACACCCCGUGGCACGCCAGAGUCUGGCACCUCUGGGCCCAGCAGCGACGCAGAGUCAGGCUAUAUGCAAGCAACAUCACAGCAAAGCAUGGAUCGUGCAUAUACAUCACUGUACACCUACCCUGGCCUCUCUCUGCAGAACGGCACCCGCGAGCGCCCCCUUUACAUUAACCCUCUGUCAACAAAUUACGAUUCGACUCUCAGCACUCAGAAGGACCAGCAAUCUCAAGAUCCACCCUGGAUAAACCGCAUCCAGGAGAGAUCUCAGCAGGUCGAUCGCUUCAUCUCCACAGCAGAGUCCACUCACUGCCGCAAGCAACCCCGACCGGUACGCAUACAAACAGGAGGGAUGCACAUAAAGCAGGAGGCCGAAGACGAGUACAGCUGCUACGAUAAUUUGGGGGACUGCCAAGAUGACACUGACCACACUGAGGGUGUAGAGAGUGAAUCCAAGGUUGAAAGUUUUGACUCAGGGGUGAGCUCCUCCAUCAGUACAGAGCCAGAUGCUAUGGAGCAGCAGCCGUACCUGACGAGCUUUAGCCGAGAGGGGAGCGGGGAAGGGCAGCAAGGUGAAGGAGCUCCGGUGCAGAUAGAGGUCACUGACUCGUCCCCAGAGCAAGUGCAGGAGACAGAGGACGGGGACACAUCCCACAGCACUAGUGACAGUAGCAUGAUGCAGCCCCUGCCAAACUCAGUCAUGUCCCAGUCCCUGCCAAGUGCCCCGCACUACAUGCGCCAGGCAGAAUCACACACCAGCAAUCUGAGGAUGCCGCUCACCGUGACCAGCAAUUCCCAAGUGAUGGGCACUGCUGGAAGCACCUUCCUGCCCACACUCUUUCCUACACAGCCGGCUAGAGAAAACAAGUCUUUCCUUUACCUUUCUGGCCAGCAGCAACCACAGUUUGUGGCAGUUCCGCCCCCUGCAAUGCCAUCAUUCCCGAACCCCAUGUCGGUACCACAAGCGCCAGCUCAGCAGCAACAGGCUGCAGGAGGAAUUGGUCAGGGGGAAAAGAAGCCCUAUGAAUGCACUCUCUGCAGUAAAACCUUUACUGCAAAACAGAACUACGUCAAACACAUGUUUGUCCAUACUGGUGAGAAGCCUCAUCAGUGCAGCAUCUGCUGGCGCUCAUUCUCCCUGAAGGAUUACUUAAUCAAACAUAUGGUGACACACACAGGGGUGCGGGCCUACCAGUGCAGCAUCUGCAACAAGCGUUUCACCCAGAAGAGCUCUCUCAAUGUCCACAUGCGGCUGCACCGUGGAGAGAAGUCCUAUGAGUGCUACAUCUGCAAGAAGAAGUUCUCACACAAGACCCUGCUGGAGAGGCACAUGGCCCUGCACAGCACAGGCAGCGGCAUCACAGGGCUGUCGGGUAGCGCAGGUACCCCGGGCCCUGUCUCCAUUCCCAUGCCUAUGGCUGUCCCUGAGCCUGGAGCUGGAGUGGUGGCCCUCGCCAUGCCAGUGAGUGGAGGUGCUGGAGUAGGGGCUGGGGUUGGAACAGGAGUGGGUGUAGCUGCAGAAGCGAGCUGCCAAGAAGGGACCACCUACGUGUGCUCCGUCUGCCCUGCCAAGUUCGACCAAAUGGAGCACUUCAAUGACCACAUGCGAAUGCAUGUCUCCGAUGGAUAAGUACAAAUAGAUAAACUUCUUUCAAAAAGAAUGACAAAUAAAAUGGCACUAGAUUUUCCUUUUCUUAUUUUGAGGUAUGAAGAGUAAUGAGUAUAGACACUGGCACAUUAAGUUUCCCAAAAAAAGAUUUUUUUUUUUCUGUUAUUCUAAAAGAAAAAAAAGAUGGUGGCCUUAAGGCUUAGUAGUUUGAUAUUGAUCUACUGGAUGGAUCCUAACUACAGGCCUCUAAAUGUAUGCUUUCCUAAAAUACUGAUUUAUGUGUUGAACACUACCGAAAGGCCUACGAAAGAAACACAUACACACAAACACACCUUUAGUGUAGAUAUGUCUGAAUGAAUAUACAUGUGCAUUUAUGUUUGAGCGUAUGUGUAUUUGCAUGUGUCCGUCUGUCCAAGUGUGUGUGUGUGUGUGUGUGUUUGUGUGUGUGUGUCUGUGUGUGUGUGUGUAUACAUUGCCAUGAAACAUAAAUCAUGGCAGUCGUGAACCCAUACUGACCAGUUUGGAAACUAUAGAUGUCCAAGCUUACUGUGGUAUAAUUUACAACAACAAUAACAAAAAAAUCACCUGGGGUUGGGCUACAUAUUCCCUCUAAGAAUACUGAUGGUCACAAGAUUGCCUUCUUAUGUAAAAUAAAAAAGGAGAGUAGUUAAUUUGACACUGGGUUUUAUUUAUUCCUAUGGUAUUAAGGGAUUAUAAUGCAGCUGUUGUCAAGGUACCAAUUUCAAUCAUUUUACUGAAAUGUAACUUACUGUCGAUGGUGACAGGGACAAAUAUUUCUCAUAUGUUUUGUAAUUGUUGUCCAUGCAUUUUGAUGGUUUACUAAAUUAAGGUGUGUUGAUGAGACAGUAUUUGAGCAAAAAUAUGUUUCUUUUUUUCUGAAGUUUGGAGUUUAACUCAUUUGCAUACACUGCCACUAAUAUCUUAAACGACUGUUAAGGCUAGUAGACCUCUUCCAUUUCAAAACAUAAGAAAAAAAGAAAGAUUCUUUUGCUGAUGGGUUAUUAUUAUUAUUUUUUUUAGCCUUUUACAUUCACAGUUAUGGCAGGCUGGAAUAUGCGACUAAACUCUCUUCUUCAUAAUUGCUGCUCCUCAACUUGCACCUGACUGUUAUGGAAUGUAGAUUAAAAAAAGGAUUUGUCACUUUAACUAUUGUUGUUAUUGAGUAGCCUACAUGGUUGUAAUUUGAUAAUCGAAUUAUAAUACUGGGAGGGGGGGGUUUAGGCAAGUUGUUGUUUGGAACAGUGUUAAAGAUGGGGGAAUUUAAUUUGAAUCAAAUUUGAAUUGGAAAUAUAAUGCCUAGAACCCCUGUAUAACCUGUUCAUUACUAUUGCAAAGCCGUUUCAGCAGGUGGGAGCUAAACGCAUUACUCAUUAUGUGUUAGUUCUCCCCGAAGGCUCAAAUGGCAUGUGACGUUUUGACAGGAAAUACAGUCUCAAAGUAAAACAAGUAGCUCCAUUGAUUGAUAUGAUAUUGUUUUAUGAUAUACCACAAGUUGCAGAUGGACUUUCUAGACAAUAGUAUACAUUCCUGAUUUUUCUAAAACCUAGACACAGCAUGUACAGAAUAGAUUUGGAAGCUAGUGUGCACAAGUUGUCAUCCAUGCAUCACAUCACUUAAGGCUCAUUUCUGAUAUUUGAAUUGUUUUGUAUUGCUUUUUAUCCAAAUUAGGACACACACAGACACACACACACACACACAUGCAACUGCCUGCAACUGCAAUCUGAAGGUUUUGCUCAUUUAUGUGAGCAAAUGCUUUCGUAGUUGUAUUGUUAAAAGAAUAACUAACUGCAUACAGUGGUCUUAAAAAGACCUGCUGUAGAUUCAAAAAAACAAAGUGCUACUUUGCACAUUUUCUUAAAAUGCCUGUGCUUAAUAUUUAAUCAUUUUCCUUAAAUGAACUUCUAUGAUUUUCUUUUAUUCAAUUUCAAAGGAAAAAAAACAUUUUUUUUAAUCUUGAUAAGUGGACUGCAUUAUUUUCUUGCAUAUAUGUUGCACUGCUUAAACCAAUAAGUGCACUACUGUUAACAGAGAUAUUAUAGUUUUAGAAAAGAGGAUUUUUUUUUUCUUUUUGGGAUCUAACAUUUGGUUGUAGAGUUCACAUGUAGUAGAAUAGCUUUGUUUCAAUUUAAUUCAUUAAGUAAUUCAGCGGUUCUUGGCUUUUGUUAUUGCUUGCGGUUACCUACAGUAUAUACUCGUGCCGUGUUAAUGCAAGCAUUUAUUUUUAUUUAAAUCUGUACCAUUAUGUGUGCUCAUCUAUGUUUAACCUUUGAAUUCAUUCUUUACUGGAGUCAGUUCCCUAUAACAGUUUAUUCAGUUGCAUUUCUUUAGACACAGAACAGAAUUUUCCUAUGAGAACAUCCAAGCCAAACAACAUUAACAGUGAAACAACAGUAAUAAUAAACACAGCUCCCGUCCAACUCCGUUGGCGGAGGUAAUAAUAAUAACUAUUAUUAUAUUAUUAACGAUAAUACAUUUAUAAUGUGUGUGUGUGUGUAACAUAAAUGAUAUGUGUGUCCUAGAACAACUUUCUGUGGGUUUAAAGGUGUGCAGAGGUGAUGGAAUGCAGCUUCUUUGAUAUCUGUCUGUCAGUUGUACACAGUUGUGUCUCUUCCUUAGUGUUUGUAUGUCUGUGAGUGUCUGUGUGUGGUAUAUAGCCUAAUCAAACUGUUGAUAAGUGGAAUAUCUGAACUGUAGGGCUUCCUUUGCAAUAUGCAGCACAGGUACUAUGAGAAGCAGCUCUCCAAACCCUUUUUGGGCUAAUACAGCACCUGUAACACUUGUUCUGAGAUUUGACUAAAGCCUAGGUCAAGUACUGUCGACUUUAUUGUUUGGAGAAGUUAUGUCAAGCGUUUUGAUGCUAAAUUGCGUAUAAUUGCUACUAGAUUUCAGAUCCCUGUGGAGUCAGUUUGAAGUGAAGUGAUGAACAUGUGAGACCUGGAGAGAAUCUGUAUUCUGGUUUCUCUUUAGCUAAGAAAAAAAAGAAAAAAAAAAAAAAAAACAUUGACCUCGCAUGAGAAACACACUGAAAAAGCAUGAGGUUAGUCCUCAGUAAAAGUAGCACAUUAUUUAACAUUUGAUUGGGCCUGUCUCUUAUGGUGUGCAUAUAAGCCUAAAUUGUAUGGUUCCUGUUUGUAGCUGUUGUUGCCAGGAUGGCAAUAUUGCUGCAUGCUAGUGCUAUAUUUGUCUCUACACAGCACGUGGAGGGUAAUCUCAUGCCUUAACAGACAAUGCACUAAAUAGAAUAUGUAAGCAACUGCCGAGAUCUCUUUCCAACAGUAUUGCCACAUGUAUGGCACACAGCUCAUGAUGUUAGUGUUUGUUGUCUGUUCAGUACCAAGUUAAACACUGCCAAACUAACAUCAUCACUUCUUUGAAAGGAAAGGCAGAGACAUGAAUUGAAUUGUUUCAGUGUAAUGUAUGUAUUCAGUAAUUAGCAUUCCUUCAUGGCACCUAAAUUUUUACAUAUUUUGUGUAAACACAUAUAUCAAAUGCACUAUUGACUGUAGCUAGAUGAGUACAACCAGCUUUGUGGUAUCAUUGGUCUAAAUAGUAGGUUAAGUAGCUCGAUGUUGGUUUUUGAAAUAUUUGAUUUCAGAAUUACACUAUCAAUUGUUUCUCUAUCAUUUUUUUUUUGUUUUGGUUUGGAAUAACAAAAGUAGCCAAUCUCAACGUUAUCUGGAUGAGGGCUAAUAACUCGUCCCAUCGUCAGUUGACUUCUUGUAUCAUAAGGUGUUUGAUAGCAGACCAGGCUCGGAAGGGGAAGAACCUUCUCUCCAGUGUGUCAUAACGUGCUAUAGCAUAACCCAGGCUUUUUUUCCCCCUCCCCUUUUGCAUCACAUGCUCUUCACUGUCCAUAGUUAUAUAUUCCUUAUACUGCUUCAGCUACUCGUGGUGGUGCUUAAUUCUCUUUUCUCAGUGUUGCAAAAAGUCGGUUAAAAAUUGUUGAAAAGUUGCAACAUUAUCCAGAAAAUAAGUCCUUAUCUCAAUCGUGCUUCUUCUAGUUGUUAGUUUGGAAAAAAAAAAAAACAAAAGUCUAGACUUUAUGUUUGCAAAGUGUACGCAUAUUUUCCAGAACAAAACAUAUUGAAACGUAGAAAAUAGCCUUGAGCCUGCAGCUGUUUGUAUUGUGUUUCAAAUAUAUUACUGUUCAUGUUUUGUUUAUCUUAGCGUAGAGACACAGGGUCUACAGUACGUUGUUGUCCUUCUUGCAGUAUGUUUAAUUCAUCGUUAUACUUCUUUAUUUCAGACUUCCUCCUGCUUUUUUCUGGUGAUCAUAGUGGUGUUGUUUAUACAUACAUAGCUUCACGCGACUGGAUAAAGGAUAGUCAGUUAUUGAGUCAUAUUCACAGUGUACUAUAUAUGCAUAUAUACUUUGCAUUGAGAUGAAAACAAGAAAAUGGAAGAUAGUAAUGGUGAGGGUCAUGUUGAGUAAGGAACAGGUUCAUUUUAUUCUGAUAAGCAUGUGUCUGUCUUUCUGUUUGUCUUUCAGUCUGUCUCCACACAUUUUAAGUCAGAUUUUUCUUUUUAAGCAUGAAUAAAGUCACAAAGUUAAGAGUAGAAUACAGAAAACACAUGAAACCACUCAGAUAAUACUUAACUGCAUUUUUUGUCCUUCUACCGUACACAUAAGAGUGAAAUAGAUAACUUCUUACAAAUAUACUAUAUAUAUUUAAGUAUCACCAUCUCCACACAGAUAAUAAAUACAUUUUCAGAUACUUUGAUAAAGACAUAAUUGCAGCCAGAGUAUACAGUACCUUGUGGGAUAUAGGGAAUAUGCCUAUCAAGUGCCUAUCAGUACAUACAGCAACUAUACAGAAUAUUCAUAGUUUUUCUCUCCUACAUUGCACAGAUACAGUAUAUACACAAUGGUCUAUUAAAAAUAUACUAUUUAUACUAUUACUGCUAAAAACCUGGUGGUUGUGAGUGCAUCCUAAGAGAACCCUUUAAAAUACCUGAAAUGUUGUAUACAUAUACAGUAAAGGCUACAUCUGCACGUUUUUAUUUUUUAUCUUACAUUUAUACAGUUUGGAGGAUUCAAAGAUAUAAAAUGCGAUCACAUUUUCAUGUUUAAAUAAGCAGAAAAUAAAUAAAAUAUACAUUUAGUAGAAUUAGAUGGAAAUCGUUAAUUAAAGGCGAACUCUUGAAACUGAAUGACCAUUUUUUUCUUUCACGUUGCUCUCUCUCAUUGAUAUUAGGCAUUUUUAUUUUCAGUUUUUGCCAUUUGCAAACAAGCCAUAUGCUGUGCUGUACUGUACUGUAUGUGGGGGAGAAAGGGCGGUGGCACUUUGUGAACAGCAGAGGGAGCCACACAUCAGUUGGAGGAGGUGAAGUUAACACACUGCCUGCCGCAAUGUACAAACAAAAAAACAAACCCACUUUGAGUCUCUGGAUAUUUUUGAGUCUAGUUGUGGUAAAUAUUGCCAUUCUUCAUAUUAUAUUUAAAUCUAUAAACAUGGCAGUAGUUACCUCCACUGACACGUGACUGUAAAAGAAAAAGAAAAAAGGGGGUGGGGGGUUUGCAGGCCAUAGGAACUGGUAGCUGCUUUAAUAGUUGGUUUCAAAGUACACUGUGUGUCCUUUGACCUUGAUGACAGGCCCUUCCACAUGCAAGCUGCUGCCCAGUUUCCCCACAACGACCAUUAAAGUUUUAUCUUAUCUGACAGCCUUGUUGUUUAUGUACAGCUUGAAAUUGUCAAGGUCAAGCAAUAAGCAACGAGAAAAAAGAAACUGGUCAUUAAAUGUUCGACUAGAUUUUUAUAACCACUACUUGGAGGCACAAUGAGAUUACAAAUUAAAAGUUUUGGCUACAGAUGAACACACGCACACAGAAUUCAGAGGUAUCUAAGUGGUUCGUUUAACAACAUGAAAGCAAAACUAAAAGGAAAUAUGGUAGAAGAAAAACCAUAAACCAAGUUUCAGGGCUGCUAGAUAAAAGAUUUUGGGAUGGCUUAUUAUUCUGUCCCCUGUGGACUAAUUACCACAGUUUUCUCUCUAACCCUCUCCAGCCUAGUUUCUGUGCCAAAUUUAGAAAAAAAAAAAAAAAGACACUUUUUUUAAAAUUAGAUCACUAUUGUCAAAUUAGAUGUGAGAACCAAGAAGGAAAAGGAAAAAAAAUUAGAAUAUCAUCUCUAUUUUAAAUAUGAAAUUUCUGUAAAACUUAUAUAAUAAACAUGAUUUAUAACAAUGAAAACAAGCGUUGUACUAAAAGAAAGUGAUUGCCUUCAUUUUGAAUCUUUAAAUCCUCCGUAAUACAUAGUGUUCAAGUGAAUAGGAGAAAACAGCUAUGAUUAACAAAGACACAUUUUGACGGCUUAGUUUCAUAGACAUUUAAUGUUAAAAUGAAGCAUUAAUAAUGUAGGCAAUGUGAUAUAGCUAGUCCCUGUCAUCCAACUGUCACACUAUGACACACACAAACAGCAUCUGCUCAGAUUUUACAGACAAACAUCCAGAUUCUGUUUUCACUUUGAGCUUUACACACAUACAGUGAAGCAGCUGUUCAGAUUUUAAAGUACAACACAGCUCUACUAAGCUAUAAAAACAUGUAGAUUAUAUUCACUAUGAUGCUUUCUCCGAACAUGCAGUUAUUACACUACCCUGACGAGGUUCUCAGUAAAACAUCUUUGUCAGGUGACUACCAUCUAUCAGUCCAAAUGAAGCAUGCAGUCCUGUGUACACAGCUUUUUCCUGUAGGGAAAUACUUUGUUUUUGACGGAGCACAAACUAUAUUUUAAGCGUCCCUCAAUAAUAGUGGUUUGGUACCUUUUUUUAAAUUUUAAAUCACGAUAAUGAGGAGACUUCAGCGUGAUUUAACCUCUGAAAACUAAACAUUGAGCCUCUUUGUGUUCUCAUUCGCUGUAGUUAUUUUGGCUUAGUCCAUCUCAAUGAGACGAUUAAAGUGUUAAAAGUGUGCAGCAGCAUAACUAAAAACAUGCAUUCCUGUUCAAGUCCAGAACAUUCCAACUCCUAGUCUGGCAUUCAUUUUCCACUCUUAACUAAUCUAAUAUUAAAGACAAUUUCCAGCGCUUAAUUGUUUUACAGAUCUGUUGGAUAUUUGAACAUGUAGUAGCAAACAUUGCCCAUCACAAUAAGAUUUAUAUUUCCCUCAAAUAGAUCCGUUUUUGUUUUUUGUUUUUAAAUCUCAUCUCUAGUCAAAUUUUGCCACGAGAUCACAACCCUCAUAAGCUUUUGAGCACAGCUUAUGCUUGUGUGGACUGGCUCUAAAGACAACAUGCACUAUGCUAUCACUCUGUUUCUCUGUGUAGGUCUCUCUCUUUUAUUGUGCAGAGGCAUAAAAUACAAAAACAGGAAAAAAGUCAAGGCUCUUCUUCACCAUGAUGUUGGUCACUGUCUCAGCCAACAUGUAGUCGUCAUGCCGUAAUGGCCAUGCAGGCAUAGAUUAAAAAUUUUAGCAGUGUAAUGUUCCUAAAGGGGUCGGUGGUGGUAAUUUGUUAAAACAGGAGGGGGGCCAUGCUUAUCAUUAGGAGUCAAAGGAAAAAUCAAAAACUUUACUAGACAAUGUUUGUUUUGACAAACCAAAGAAGGGUUAAGAUAAUUUAAGUUUUAUGGAGAAACUAACAUUUCUUUUCUAUGUGUGUGGGGGUUCCUAUGAUCGGGCUAGAUUGCUGCAGUUAUUUUAUGGUUUUCUUUGUUUUCCUUCUCAUGGCAGGGUGCUUGUGAAAAUGCAUCUAUGUUUUGUCUCUUGAUCAGUUGUUUAUAGUUUUGUGGUUGUGUUAAUUUGCCUAUUGUAGACCAAAAUAGAUUUUUUUUUAUAAGAAAUGCAACAAAACAAAAAUGAAUCUGACACAGUAGCUGUGAUGUAAACUAUCGCAUGUUAAAACAUGUUUAAGAUUGUAAAUGUUGCAUUGUUCCUCUGACAAAACAGAAUAACACUCAGUAAUCAUUGGUUAUGUCUCAUAUACACACAUUUAGCAAAUGACUGUAGACCUGUCCACCUACACAUUGGAUUAUAUCUAAAUAGUUUGUCAGACAUUUUUUUUGUUGUUGUUGUUAAACAGUUUUCUUCAAAUAUUGGCACUGUCUAAUAUUUUAAGGCUGUCCCUAAAAUACUAAUCUGACAUUGUGACUUAGAGUACAUUUAGCCAUUUAUACUUGAGAUGGACCAAGAUGUUAAGUUUGCACAUAUUUGUAGGUUGUUUAUUAAGCCAAAAACAAGGAAAGAGAAUAAUAACACGCAACUUUCAGUCUCAACAAUUCAAGUCAAAUCUAGCUGAGGUGCUUAUCAUCUCUGAGCGAAUAUUACAGUCUUUUCAUGUUCACUGAAAAUUUUUUUUAAAAAGCAUCACAGCCAGCCAUCACUACACGAUGAAAACAAAAUAAAACCAAACUGUAACGUGGAUUUUAAACAUCAUAAUGUGGUCCAAAUGUUUAUGAAAGUGAUGAUCUAUUUUUGUAAUAACAACACAUCAUCUGUAAGCAGAAUGUAAACCAUUUGGCAAAAUUAGACGAUAUUUUAUUACUGUAAGGUCUAAUUCUAAGUGAAUCUGCUGUAUAUUUUUCAUCCUGUGUGUUCAAAAUAGGAAAUUUGAUUACUGUAAUAAUUCGGGCGAUGUUUUGCAUUGCCAGGACAAAGACAGAAUUUCUCAAAUAUUGACAUUGCAAAUCAGAAAUUACAUGUGCCCUAAUAUAAAGCAGCUUAGGUUGUUUUUUUUUCAUCUGGCUUUCAGGCUUUUUGCUGCCAUAUCUUGUAUGUAGAUGCUUUUGUAAACAUGCACUUGAGUUGAACUAUAAGAUGUGCUUAUAAAUAUGUGUAUAUUUUGUUAGGCGGUUUUUUUUUUCUUUUUUUGCCUACAUUAGCUUGAUAUUUUAUUAUUUCCCUAAAAAUACUUCUUCUAUAUAGUUAUGAACUUGGCAGAAGUGGAGCUGUUGUAGUAAAGGUAGUUAACAUCACAACUAAGCAACCCUGAAAUAUAUGCUGCAGUAAUGUGUUUUCAGUUUGUUUUUGAUAAUUUAUGCUCCAAGUUGGUUUGUAUUUUAUUAUUAUUAUUAUUAUUGUUGUUAUGAAACAAGCUUGUUUGAAAUGUAUUGACUGCUGUUUUGAAAUAGGGGAUAAAGUUUUUUUUUUCUUUUUUUUUUUCUUUUCGAAAUGUAUGUGCAAGAACGAUUUUAUAAUAUGAUUUGUCAAACACUGGACUGGAGCGAGUUUUCCAACAUUUCCAAGUUGAGAGAUGUAUUUGACAGACAUAACUGCACAGACGACACCCGUUAGCACAGAUGUGAGCUGACAGACGAAGCACAUCCUCCCAGCUGUACAGGGGGAGGGUGACUAACAUGGCCACCAUCCUCCAAUUUAAAACAGGAGUCAUUUUAGAUGUAAGAAGUUAAGACAUUUCCUUUCUGCUGGUUAAUUGCAAUCAUUGGGUGAUGGGUUACAUAUAAUAGAUGAUAUUUAUUAGGGUUCUCCUUCCGCAUUGUUGCAUGGCAUGGACUAGUGACAGAUUUUUUUUCCUUUUCUUUUCCUGAAGAAGAAAGAGUGCUCUCUUAAAUACUCAGAACAAAAUGUAAAGGGACACCACUUGACAGCUAUCCAGUUCUCAAAUUCACCUGGUAUGUUCUUGCUAUGGUAGAGCAGAUAUGACAGUUGAGUCUCAUUACACCAACCACCACUUCUCAAACCAGAAAAGAGAUUUGCACUAGACUUAUUUUAGUCUUCUUCUAUCAAAAGCAAUAUAAUUCACUGAACACAUUUUUGAACCAUAGUAUCUGACGGUUGUCUGCCCACAGUGGGAAUGCUGAGUAAAUGGUGAUAUUUGAUAAGUUUCGAUUUUGUUUUUGUAUUCAAAGGUACAGAAUUGGUCGCCUUUUUAAAUGCACACGACAUCCACAUAUUGUUGUUCGUAGCAGUUUUUUUUUUUUUUUUGUUUAAUAAGUUUUCACUCAGCAGUACCCCGAGUGUUAGUGUCCAGAUUUGAGGGGCAUUAAAACUGUUGUUUCCUCCUGUGAUUGUUUUGGACAAAUCAAGCAGCUCUUACAGAUCUGAAGUUAGGAACGGGAUGUAUGAGGGAAGGAAUCAUUUCCCAUGAGUCAACUGUCGAUUGUCUCCAUUACACAGCCGACCACACGUUUAAAGAUGAACACAAAUACCAAAAGAUUUAACCCAGCUGUCCACUGUUGUGCACACCUUUCCCUUAAAAAACAAAAAACAAAAAACAAAAAAACACUCGUGCUAUAUCUCUGCAUAUUUGGUCACUUUGAGUGCUUUUUAUCUGGGAUGUUACAAAAAAAAUGCUUUAAAGUGAAACAAUAAUGAAAUACUUCUUAGGAGAAAAAAAAAUCCAAAUGCACCUUUUGUCAUUUAAACACAGCAUCAUUGGCAACGUAUGUAGAGAAUCUGUGUCCACCAAAAUGUAUCAUACUUCAUCCUUUUUCAACAAGGUCACCCACAAACAGCAUUAAUUACUGACCUUAACGUCGUUAUUUUGUUGAUGGAUAAGUGUAAAUUUUUCAAUAAUUCACAAACAGCAAAACUUCACCAUUUUAUCUGGAUGUAGUAGCUUUCCUGUUUUCACCGCUUUGUGGUGUUGUUGAAAGAUGUUGCGGUUUGUCUAAAUAUGUUGCGUGUUAGAGGAAGCAUAAGUAUGUGCCUUCUUGUAAUCUCCUUGGUGAGCUUGUUAUUAUUGAGAAGCUGAAGCCAGCCAAUUGUGUUUGCACUAAAACCAAAUUGCUUUUGUGAUGUAGACUAUUUAAGCAAGCUUGUUGCGUCACUUUAACCGUACAGUAUGCAUGAGGGUGAAAUUGGUAAGUCUAGGGCUAGAGCUCUCAUCUGUUGACCUGUAAACCAGUGCAGCUUAGAGGAUCUUGUGAAUAUAUCUUGGCUUAGUUUCGCAUUCAGUUUUCUAUUCCAUCUCCUUACUCAUCAAGUUUGUCACAAUUCAAUCAACAGUUAAAAAAAUAAAAUAAAAUAAAAAUAGAAAAAAAAAGCAAAUAACACAUACCAUGAAUACAAUACAGCUUUUACUUUCACAUGCCACAGUUAGAGAGUUACACAACUGCAGUAGAGAUAUUCAUUUCUCUGAAUCCAUGGGAAUGCAUGAGUAUACGAGGUCGCCUCAAGACUAUUGGUCAAAUUAAUUUAGGUUGUUUUUGAAAACUUGUAUUUAUUACAUAUUUUGUUGACAUCUAAGAAAAGGCCUACAUGCUUUGAGUCUUACAAAUGCACCUUAUUCAUGUCAGUCCAUGUGGAAAAAAAAAGAAAAAAAAAAGGCUGGCAACGUAAUAUCUCUGAUUUAGCACCUUACUACACAGCAUGUUUUCACUUUAUGCCAGUUUAACUAUUCUUCCAUAUGUAUGAUUUCAAAAAUAAAUCUCAUAUUUUGUGAAAUUGUUUCAUGGGAUGUGCCAAAGUUUGGAGGCGAUCUCCCAAGUGUUUAUGCUUAUCAUUUUCUUUUCCUCCUCCUUCAGUUAUAGCAAUGGUAUGUUUCCUAUAACAGUGUGUGGAAUCAAUUUAUCUCAGCAAACAGUAUCAUUACUUGCCAUUUUACAAUAAGCCCUGUAUUUCACAUAUAUUUACCAGUGAUGUGUAUUUGUUAUUAUAAAGAAAAUAGCCGUAAAAGCUUCAUUAUGUUACAUAAUAUUGUGACUUUUUUCGAAAAACUGUGAAGACUUAUCUUGCAUAUACUUUAUACAGAAGUAUUAAGCCUUAAUACAAAAGACUAAAAAAAGUGUGGAAGAAUAAACUGAUUGUUGCUAAGUAAGGAUGAUUUUUGUAAAUGUUACCAGCACUUUUUUUGUAAUUUUCACUCUCUGAGGUAUUGUACAAGUUCAAGCUGUUUGUGAAGUUUGAUUAUGAAGGAAUAAAAACUAGUACUUUCCUGUACUUCACA